AUGGCAGGGGUCAGAAGUGGUGCAAGCGAAGUAAUAUCCAUCUGCGUGAUCGACUUUUUCACUGGAGAAGUUUUGGUCAAUUCUCUUGUCAAACCUCAUGAGCCCAUCAUCGAUUGGCGUACCAUAAUUCAUGGUAUAAGGCCGGCAACACUUGCUAUAGCUGUAUCCCAGGGACAAGUUCUCCGUGGAUGGCAAGCAGCACGGGAAGAGCUAUUCAAACAUAUUAACACAGAAACAAUCAUAGUCGGACAAUCUCUCCAGCAAGAUUUAAAAAGACUACGAGUGUCACAUGAAAAGAUUUUCGAUACUGCUAUUCUUACAGCGGAAGCCGUGUUUGGAACGGGUGCUCCUUUUGAGCGUCGAUGGAGUCUUCAAUCUCUUUGUGCAGAGUUGUUGCGGUUGCGUAUUCGACAGGAUUCCAACACUCACAAUGCUUCGGUAGACGCUUUGGCGGCGCGAGAGGUUGCCUUGUGGUGCUUAUGCCACCCUGAGAGGUUGGAGCAAUGGGCAGAGAGUGCACGCAGGGAGCACAGCUCGGAAAAGGCGAAGCGAGCUGAGCGCAAGCGAAAUAAACAGAGGAACAUGUAUUACUCAGCGCCAGUUCCUGACAAUGAGAGUGAGGAUUAUGGUUAUUAUCAUGAUUAUGGUGACGACGACGACGAGGUCCUUCAAUGGGAGGAUGUGAUAGACUGGGAAAUGUGGCCAAAGUCCCCCCCUCUUCUGAUUAGCAUUGCGAGAUAA